GGCAUGGAACAUGCAGAUAUAGUCAAGCAAAUGAGGGAGAGCUACGAUGAGAAAUCGAGACUUCACUAUCUGACGCUCGAAGAUUUAGCACAACUUGAUGAUCCCGCAUCACCGACAGCAUCGCAAGACGGUGAAUCUUGUCAGGAAUGCGAUGACGAACCAAUGUCGUCCAACACCGAUCAUCAGACGUUGGAAUCGCAUAAUAUAAAUGCUGUAGUGGCAGAAGAAGAACAUGCAAAUGAAGAUGACGAAGCCAAAGAAGCCAAAGACAUAUACUAUAAGUGCGAUUCCUGUCAGUUCUCGUGUUUCACACGAACAGUGCUGGAAACUCAUAUGCAGCCAUGGCGGGCCUCGAUGGAAAGGGACACCAAGACUGUAUUGAUUAAAACUGGGAUGCGACCAUGGAAUGAGAAGCUUUUCCAUUUUUAUCGCUGCAACUUCGACCAAACUGUGGCAAACACGUCUCAGGAAAACAAGGAAAAUAAGACGAAAAUCGAUUGUCCGGCUUUUAUCGAUGUCAUAGAGCACGAGGGUGGUGUCCUCGACUGUGUCGCAUAUUUUGGACAUCUUGGACAUGAGGUCGAAGGUAUGCCGCCUGAAGAAGGCGCUGAGGUUGUGAGCGCCACCGUGGAAACGAAAAACAAGGACGAAGUGCCUUGCCAGAUUUGUGGAAGCAUUGUGCCUCCAGAAGUGGACUCCGUCUUCUGUAAAAAGGUGAAAUGGUGCCAUUGUAACAAUGAAGAGUGCCAGUCCCUGGCGCACGAAUGGUGUAGGCGAUUUAUGGGUUCAGACUGCAUAAAGUGCAAAAACGGCACGCUGAUGAUGGAUGAGCCCCUGUAA